UCAUACAAAUUUCAAAGUACUAUGCAGGAAGAACUUGAUUUAACUGCUACUAAUAAAGCAGCUAUGUUGGAACUCCCCGAGGAUCAAGAAAAUACAACAGAUUUGUCACAAUCACCUGAAAAUUACAUUGAACGCAUACAAUCGUUGAAUGGAGAUGAACAGGAGAACACUAAGUUAUUUGAUUCCUUAAAGACAGCUCUACGUACUCAGCCUCAUAGCUUUGUUCUGAGAUUUGUCCAAGCUGGUGGUUUAGUUACUCUGUUAGGAGUUUUGUCAUCUAUGAAUUAUGACACUCGACAAGGAGCUAUGCACACAUCAAUUAUUGGCUGUAUCACAGCCCUUAUGAAUGACUCUACUAGAAGAUCUCACGUACUAGCACAUCCAUCAGCUAUUAGUACUAUUGCUCGCAGUUUACUCACUGAAAAUCCCCGUACUAAAGUUGCUGUAUUAGAAAUUCUUGGUGCUUCCUGCUUAGUUCCAGGAGGCCAUAAGAAAGUUCUUGAUGCCAUGACAGACUAUAAAGUGUUUGCUCAUGAACGAGCCAGAUUCCAAGGCAUUAUUAAUGAUUUGGAUAGAAACACUGGCGUCUAUAGAGAUGAUUUGACAGUUAAAACAGCUAUUAUGGCAUUUAUAAAUGCUGUUCUUAGUUAUGGGCCAGGACAAGAAAGUUUAGAAUUCAAAUUGCAUUUAAGAUAUGAAUUUUUACAAUUGGGACUCAAAAACAUUAUAAUCAAGUUAAGAGAACACCAGAAUCAGACAUUGGACAGACAUAUGGAUUUCUUUGAUAUGGUUCGCAAUGAAGAUCAAAAUGAAUUAGCAAGGAAAUUAGAACAGGAGCAAGUAGAUACUCAAAGCGCUACUUCUAUGUCCGAUUUACUACGCAGAAAAUUGAGUCAUUCUCCAGCCUAUCCUCACUUCCUUUCACUUAAAAAAGAGAAAGCCAAAGAAGAAGAACUUCUUGAAGCAAAAAAUAAAGCUGAAGAACUCGAAAAAGAAAAUACUAGUAUUACUGCAUCGCUUGCUAAAAAAGAACAAGAACUAGACUUGAGAAAUCAAGAAAAAGAAGAACUUGAUUUAACUGCUACUAAUAAAGCAGCUAUGUUGGAACUCCCCGAGGAUCAAGAAAAUACAACAGAUUUGUCACAAUCACCUGAAAAUUACAUUGAACGCAUACAAUCGUUGAAUGGAGAUGAACAGGAGAACACUAAGUUAUUUGAUUCCUUAAAGACAGCUCUACGUACUCAGCCUCAUAGCUUUGUUCUGAGAUUUGUCCAAGCUGGUGGUUUAGUUACUCUGUUAGGAGUUUUGUCAUCUAUGAAUUAUGACACUCGACAAGGAGCUAUGCACACAUCAAUUAUUGGCUGUAUCACAGCCCUUAUGAAUGACUCUACUGGAAGAUCUCACGUACUAGCACAUCCAUCAGCUAUUAGUACUAUUGCUCGCAGUUUACUCACUGAAAAUCCCCGUACUAAAGUUGCUGUAUUAGAAAUUCUUGGUGCUUCCUGCUUAGUUCCAGGAGGCCAUAAGAAAGUUCUUGAUGCCAUGACAGACUAUAAAGAGUUUGCUCAUGAACGAGCCAGAUUCCAAGGCAUUAUUAAUGAUUUGGAUAGAAACACUGGCGUCUAUAGAGAUGAUUUGACAGUUAAAACAGCUAUUAUGGCAUUUAUAAAUGCUGUUCUUAGUUAUGGGCCAGGACAAGAAAGUUUAGAAUUCAAAUUGCAUUUAAGAUAUGAAUUUUUACAAUUGGGACUCAAAAACAUUAUAAUCAAGUUAAGAGAACACCAGAAUCAGACAUUGGACAGACAUAUGGAUUUCUUUGAUAUGGUUCGCAAUGAAGAUCAAAAUGAAUUAGCAAGGAAAUUAGAACAGGAGCAAGUAGAUACUCAAAGCGCUACUUCUAUGUCCGAUUUACUACGCAGAAAAUUGAGUCAUUCUCCAGCCUAUCCUCACUUCCUUUCACUUAAAAAAGAGAAAGCCAAAGAAGAAGAACUUCUUGAAGCAAAAAAUAAAGCUGAAGAACUCGAAAAAGAAAAUACUAGUAUUACUGCAUCGCUUGCUAAAAAAGAACAAGAACUAGACUUGAGAAAUCAAGAAAAAGAAGAUAUGGAAGCUAGUAUUUUAAGGAUUAAAGAACGUUUGGAAAAAGAAAUAUCUAUUGACUUGGAAACUAAACAAAAGAUAUCUGAACUCGAAGAUACUUCAAGUGAAUUACAGCAUAGGAUAGCUUACGAGCAAGGAGAGAUGAGAAAGCUAGAAGCAAUGCUUAAUAAUGGAAGUUUACCAGAUGAUGCUAAAGUUAAUAUUAGCCCUCCACCUCCUAUGCCUAUUCCACCUCCACCACCACCUCAAUUAAUAGUUAAAAGUAAUUGUCCUGCUCCACCCCCAGCUCCACCAUUACAAAUCCCUCCAUUAAAUCUUCCACCUCCACCUGGCUAUCUUCCUCAAUUAGCCGUCAGACAAAGAUCUGUAGAAAUUCCAAAACCAUCUGCUCCAUUGAAAUCCUUCAACUGGGCUAAGUUACCAGAAACCAAAGAGGCUGGAACUGUUUGGACUGAUAUUGAUGAAGGAAAAAUGUAUUCAUCUAUUGACCUUGAAACAGUUGAUAAACUAUUCUGUGCAUACCAAAAUCAAAAACCAACAAAUGGAACAACAGCUGCUAAUGAAGGAUCAUCUGAAGAUCUGAGAAAGACUGGUAGUAAUAAAUCCAAAGUCUUAUCUGUUAUUGAUCAACAUUAUGAUCAACGUCUUCGUAGUUUAGUAUACAAAAAGAAAUUUAUUACUUGGACUGGAGAAGUUGAAGGCAAAACAAAAAUUGUUAUGGAGGCUUCACGUGAAGUAGCUCGUUCUAGACGUUUAAGAAAACUAUUAGAAUUAGUAUUAGCACUUGGAAACUACAUGAACAAAGGAGCAAGAGGAAAUGCAUGGGGUUUCCGUUUAUCAUCUCUAAACAGACUUACAGACAAGUCAAGUUCUGUUAGGGGUAUAACAUUAUUGCAUUACAUUGUCGAUAUGGCUGAUAAGAAGUUCAAGGACAUUUUAUUAUUGGAAGAAGACUUACCUCAUGUAAGAGGAGCUUCAAAAGUAAGCUUGGCUGAACUUGAAAAAGACAUGUCACAACUAAGAAAUAAUUUGAAAGAAGUUGAACGAGAAAUUGAGUUCCAAAGAGUACAACCUGCUGUACCAGGUGAUAUGUUCCUACCAGUAAUGAAAGAAUUUUUAACUACUGUUACCUGCAAAUUUUCUGAGUUAGAAGACUUAUUCCAAGAUAUGAAAACUAGAUUUGAUAGAACAGUCAGAUUCUUUGGGGAAGACAAUUCCACAAUCCAACCAGAUGAUUUCUUUGGAAUUUUUGAUUCUUUCUUAACAGCUCUUUAUGAAGCACGUCAAGAUAACUUUGCUGUUAAAAAGAGACGGGAAGAAGAAGAAAAAAGGACAAGACAAGAAGUGGAGUUAAAGAAAUUAACGCUUGAUCGUAAAAACUGUAAAGACGGUGCUAGUGUUUUGUCUAAUGGGUCUGGUAGUCGUCAAGUUUCUAUAAAUGGAACAAAAAAAUAUUGACAAUAUCAAAGUAAUUCUUAAAGACUUGAGAAACAUAUCAACAAUCAUUGACAACUAUGAAAAAAAUUUAAAUAAUUCCAGCGUCACCACGCAUGAUGUUAAUUCGAUGACUGCGAUAAAAAUAGCUGCACCGUCAAACUCAAUAAAUGGAACUAAAAAUCAUCAAACUAUAGCAUUAAAUGGAUCAUCAGCUAUUGGAUCUAUACAGACAAACAAUUUCAACAUAACAGUCGUCAAUAGUAAAAAUAAAACCACUUAAAUGAAAAGCAAGCUUCAUCUAAGUGGUUUUAUUUUUACCAUUGCCGAUUGUUAUGUUGUAAAUGAUGUUAGAUGUUUGCUGUAUUUGAGAUACAUUUGAUGUUUUGUUAAUAGUUUGAUGAUUUUGAAUUCCAUUUAUUGAGUUCGUGCAGCCCCUUCAUUAAAUACUUUUUCUAAAGUACUAUAAAUAAAAUCAUAUACAUUAUUAUAUAUAUUAUUAUUAUUUUUUUGUACAAUACUGUAAAAUUUUCUAUUUACUGACAAUAAAGUGUUUAAAUAAUUGAUAUUAAACUUACUAUGCUUAAUGUUUAUUGUUUGUUUGUAUGAUAUGUAAGAUAUACUGUUUAAUGACAGUAUUGACUAUUGAAUGUUAAUAUGUUGUAUAAAAAUAGUAGGUAAAAAAGUUUUUUCUUAUCAUGGUUUUAUUCCACGGUUGUACGAUGUAGAUUAGAGAAUCGUACGCUACCACACAAACAAUAUUUUAUUAUUUUCAGAGAUAAGUGUGUUUAGAACAACACAACUGGCUGCGAUUAUUUUACAUUAUCAUCAUAUUUUAUCAAAUGUAAUUUAAUAUCAAUACAUUAGGCAUCAUUCUUGUAUACCGUCCUGUGCAUUAUAGUUUUUGCCGAUUAUAAAAUAAAUUAUUCGUAUUUACUAUUUACUUUUGUGUAUUUUUGAAGUUGUGCUCAUGUAAUAUAAUAUUAUAUUACAUGAAAAUAAAUGAAAUACAAAUCGUUUUCAAACCAAUACAUAGUUAUUCGUUAAGCAAAUCUGUAAUUUAAUCAAAUUUCUUUAAAUAAUAUAGUUUUAUUUAAAUAAUGUGUAAUAAUACCAAAGAAGAAGAUAUCGUUGAAAAAUGGGGUUUGCCAUUAAAAGAAUUAUAUACAUUGGCGCUUAAGUUUUUUAAGG